AUGUUUUCGUCAACACUUGCACGUCGUUCGUCGGCAGCAUUGACAUCAACUGUUUGGUCUAACAAAGUUUCCGCUUUACCAGCAGUUAAUGUUGUAGCAAGGCAAUGCUUCGACGACUUCAAACAACAACCACAAGUUCGUACGAUGGUGACAAAGAAGCGUGUGCAUAGACAGGAGAAGCGACAGAGGAAGGAGGAUCUAGCUGCUCAAGGUGUUUCCACCCCUAAGCCACACAUGUAUAUGCCUGUGGAUACACCAGUGAUCAAUGCAGUUUCAAGAGAAGAACGAGAUGCUGAAUCCAAGCGCUCCGACGAAUUGGCAGCGCAGGAAUUGAAAGAAAGGAUGGAAGUUGUGAAGGAGCCUCUUUUGCGUUUUGGUUUCAGUGAGGACAAUUUGAAAAUGAGCGAUCGUGUGAAGAAAUUGUUUGAUCUUCAAAAUGGUAACCAACAAGAAGUCAUUAAGGCUCAGAAGAAGCGAGGAAUGGAACUCUUCCAAAUGCGCGAAGGUGACACAGGAUCAAGUGGUGUUCAAGUAAUUGCUUUGACGACCCGAAUUCAACAGAUCCAAACACACUUGAGACAACACAAGAAGGACAAGCAUUCCAAACGUGGGCUAGAUGCUCUCUACGUAAGACGCCGCAAGCUGCUGGAUUACAUGGAACGGAAGGACUUUGAGUCGUAUAGAAAGGUUGUCAAGACUUUGGGAUUGAUUCACUAG